AUGAACGUGGAGCUCCCUGGCAGCGACCAUGAUGAAGAACGCGAAACUCGAUCCCCUUCGGAUCGCUCCGCAAGUCCGACAGCCGGAUCUGCAUUCCAAGACCGUUUCCAAGACCGCGGAAGGCCGCGGAGCCAAGAAACGGUGCGGCGACUGUUUCGAUCUCCCCAAGGACGCCGGCAGCCGGUGGCAGUGGACGAGUCAUGGACUUACAGACGGCCGACCGGUCCAGCGCCUGACAGCACGGAGCCUACGGAUGCCCCGGUCGCGGAAAAGGAAGACGUGGACAUGAGCCAUACGGACGUGUACCUACACAACGCUCCGGUCCUCCCGAAAAAUCCGACGUUCAAGGGAUCGACCAAGGAGGAACGCCGUACGUUUAUGGCCACGUACAACUUGUACAUCAGCCAGACAACGGCCCUUACCGUUAAUGGGACUCAACAGUUCGUCAUGCCGGUGAACGCAUGCAUCGAUCCAGCUAGCAAGUAA